AUGGAGGAGCAUGAUCAGAGUCUGGAACCUUGUGUGGCAGUCAAUGAAGGAGAAGAUAACAUCAAAGAUACAGAAAGAAAAAUGUAUCCAAAUGCUGAACAAUCAGUUCAGGAAACAAAAGAUGGGCAUAAAAGUGUGGGAGAAAGGGUUAAUGAAGGUGUCAUUGCUAUUGAGUUAGAUGAUGCUGGCAAAGAUUUAGAGGACAAAGUUGAAAGGUAUCAGGACCUCAUAAAAAAAAUGCAUGCUGAAGAAAAGGUUCAAGAUGGUGAUGGUACACAUGAGAAGAUGGGGCUAGGAGACAACAUUGAUGAUUUACAUGAUUUAGACUCAUGUGGGGAAGAAAUGCAGACUGAGGGUGCUGACAGGUUUGCAAAUGCCGGGGGGGAGUUGGUGGUUGCAGAUAGCUCAAUCCAGGAAGUUGAUUUGUCUUCUGAUAAUAAUAUGAAUGAUGGAAAUUUGAGCAUCUCUAUUAAUAACAAUGGCAUUAGUUCGUUUCCUCCUGAGAGGGAGGCGAUGAAGGAGUUGGCAGUUAUACAAGUGGAAAAGGACAAUGUGCAGCAUAUUCAGAGAUUUAGAAGGAGGCUAGGCAUGAGAUAUGCCCACUACAACUACAAUGGUAAAUUAUGGUUCUUUGUGAAUGAUAAUAUGGAUGUAGAGAUCAUGCAGGAUCUAGAACAACAAAUAACUGUAAAGUUGUUGUUCCAAGAGUGGAAUAAGUCACUGAUGGUAACAAUGGUAUAUUCAAAGUGUGAUCAUAUGGAAAUAAUCCGUUUAUGGGAUAGUCUGUAUAGUUUGGAUGAUCACAUGGACUUGCCGUGGUUGGUAGGGGGUGACUUCAAUGUCAUUAUGAGUAAAGAUGAGAAGAUUGGUGGUUUACCUGUUUUUCCAAAUGAAUAUGAAGAUUUUGCAUUUUGCAUUAACUCAUGUGAGCUGUUUGACAUCAAUUAUAAGGGGAGUCUGUUUACUUGGUGGAAUGGGAAGGCAGGUAGUGAAUGUAUUUUCAAGAGAUUGGAUAGAAUGAUUGCAAACUCCAAACUACAGGAUUGGUUUGUACAUAUGGAAGUGGAACAUUUAUCUAGAACUGGCUCAGACCAUGCCCUUUUAUUAUUUACUUGUGGUGAAAUCUCACAUCACAUAAGGAAGCCUUUUAGAUUUCUGAAAUUCUGGACAGAACAUGAAUCAUUCUUAGAGGUGGUUAAUCAGGCAUGGAGCACAGAUUUUGAAAGUGAUGAGUUUAUCAGCUUUAAGUUAAAGUUGAAGAAAGUGAAAACUGCAUUAUCUGCAUGGAGUAAGUCAGCUUUUGGUGAUAUUUUCAAGCAGUUAAUAGUAAGGGAAGAGGUGGAGAGAAUUAAAGAAAAAUUAUAUGAAGAGGAUUCUUCUCCUAUGAAUAGGAUGGUGCUACAGCAAGCACAAGCAAAAUUGAAGAAGUAUGUUCACUAUGAGGAAGAAUUUUGGAGACAAAAGUCAUAUAUGACAAGUUUUGCUGAAGGAGACAGGAAUACAAGGUAUUUUCACAGUAUUGUGAAUGGUAGGAGAAAGAGACUGCAGAUCAAAAGAAUUCAGAAUCAGCAAGGGAUAUGGAUAAAAGGGGAUUCACUUUUGGCAGAAGAAGCUUGCUUUGAUUUGCUACAACAUGUUCCUAGUAUGGUUGAUCAGGAUACUAACAAUCAACUGGUAAGCAUGCCAACUUUGGAGGAGGUGAAGAAGGUUGUGUUUGAAUCAUCUGCAGAUAGUGCUGGUGGUCCAGAUGGUAUGAUUGGAAUAUUUUAUCAGUAUGGUUUUGUUAAGGGCAGAUGUAUCAUUGAAAAUGUCCUACUAACUCAAGAAGUUGUGACUGACAUUAGACUAAUGGGAGAACCAGCUAAUGUAGUGCUUAAGCUUGACAUGGCCAAAGCAUAUGAUAGGGUAUCAUGGAGUUACUUGAUCAGAGUUUUAAGGAAGAUGGGAUUUGCAGAAGUGUUCAUAGAUAUGGUUUGGAGGUUGAUAGCAAAUAAGUGGUAUUCCAUACUCCUUAAUGGCCAAGCUUCUGGUUUUUUCCACUCCACCAGGGGUGUAAAACAAGGAGAUCCACUCUUUCCUGCUUUGUUCAUCUUAUCUGCUGAAGUUUUAUCUAGAGCUUUGAACUCUUUAUUUAAGAACAAUGAGUUUAGAAGCUAUGGAAUGCCCAAAUGGAGUGCAAGUCUGAAUCAUCUUGCAUAUGCAGAUGACAAAAUAAUUUAUUCAUUUGCCGAUUCUAGGUCUUUGGAGCUGAUCAUGGAGGUAUUACAUUACUAUGAGCAGAGGCACUUUUCCUUUUACAUAUUUGGGUUGUCUGUCACACAUUCAAGGAAGAGGAAAGCUGAUUAUAAUGAUCUGAUUAAGAAAGUCAAGAAUAGGCUGCAGACUUGGAAAGGAAGAUUGCUAUCAUUUGGAGGAAAAGUUGUUUUGAUCACUAAUGUUCUAAUGAGCAUGCCAAUACAUCUGUUUUUAGCUAUCAAACCUCCAAAAUGUGUUAUCAAUGAUCUGCAUAAAAUAUUUGCAAGAUUCUUCUGGAAUAAUAGUGAGAAAGGCAGAAGAAGACAUUGGUCAUCAUACUUAAACUUGUGUAUGCAAAAAGAGGAAGGAGGAGUGGGCUUUAGAUGUAUAUUUGAUGUAUCUAAAGCCUUAUGUGCAAAACUUUGGUGGAAAUUCAGGACAACAAAUACUCUAUGGGAAAACUACAUGUGGAUCAAAUACUGCAAAAGGCACAGUCCUCAGAAUGUGCAGUGGAAGGGAGGUUCUUAA